AUGACAGGCCUGCCGUCCAAGCCAGCGUCACAGCCUCCGCCGGCAAGCAAUGCGACCAGCGAACGAAUCAAGGCCCUGGCGGAAGCAGCCCAGAAGGAGCUGAACGAGGGCGAAGAGGAGGACGCCUCUGAUGCCUGGGCAAUGCGGCAGCUAGGCCUUGGCCUGCAUCGUCGUCGUGGGGGCGAGGCUGUGGAAGUCGUCGAGACUUCGCUGGACGAGGAGAUUGCCAAACUCAGCAGCAGGGAUGGCAUCGCUCAGGUCCGGAAGGCUGCAGAGAGGGUGGCAAAAGGACACGAUGGCGAGGCUGCCACGCGAGCAAAGGCAAGUGCGAUCCCAGCAGCGUCUGAGGCUAUGGCAAGGCUCUGGUCCGCGAUCAAAGGCCUCGAGAGCUCUGCAGGGGAUCGCGAUGCAAAGCUGGCAGAGCUUACGGCCCAGGCGGAAGCGGCGCAGGAUGAGCUUGCGGAGAUCGAGCGUCGAGACAAGGACAUCUCACGCAUGCUUCGGAGCGUGCAGGAGCUGGAAGAGCUGGCCUGGUCAUUGGGAGGGCUCUUGGAUGAGAAGUCGCCGAAGUGCAAGCAGGCCUCGAAGAUGUUAGCUCAGAUCGAGGAAGACUUCUCCCGGCGGCGAACCACGCGACGGGCCAAGGACAUGGCAGAAGCGUUGCAAGAGACUGGAGCCACCCUGACAUACCAGCAAGAGGACCAGGCACUGGAUGGCAGUGACGCUGAGAACGCAGAGCAGGCCUCGCAGGCCUCGGCACGCCGUCGCCGUCGCCGUGUACAGCGAAGCGGGGACGAUGGCUGGGACACGUCAGACCUCAGCGAGGAGGAUGGUCUGGAACAGGCGAGGAAGGAUCGCUCCACGUUUUCUGCAGCUGUGCAGAAGCAGUUGCUAGAAGAUGUGUCUGAAGAGUUUGCCAGCGCCAAAUCUGUGCUGAAGGCUCUGAAGUCAGCGAAGAGGAAGCUGCAGGACGAGUACCGUCAGGCUUUCGUUCACCUGGCUUUGCCAGAAGUUUUCGGCUUCUUCGUCGACUUCUCCGCCCUGUGGUGGGAUCCGCUGCGGCUCCUCGCUCGCUCUGAGGACACCUUCGGACCUCGAAAGGCAAUAACAUCCACACAGCUGGAGUCCUUUGACUGGUUCGAGGAUAUGGCUGCCUUUACCGAACUGCUGGGCGACGACGACCCUGACGGGGAGCUGGUGCCGAAAAUCGUGCAACAGUGCAUCUUCCCGGAGGUUGGCCGGCGCUUGCGUCAGUGCUGGGAUGUAACCUCAAUGACUCAAAGCCAGCGUGCCGCAGCUCUGCUGGACGAAUGCUUGCUCUUCGAGGUCGGUGAUGGAGCGGAGGCCUUUGGCGAGCUCGCCGAGGCAGCUAUCGAGCGUCUCCGGACCGGACUGCGGGAAUUCGCACCCGAAGUCUUUGUACCAGCACCUCAGGUCACCACCUGGUAUGCCUCCGCUGCUCGGAAGCGUCUGUUACGCCGGAGCUGCAAGAUUGCAGCGUGCGCAUGCCAACUGCAGGGCCGGGUUCCAGAUGAGAAGCUUGCGCCAGUCAUACUGCAGGACAUCUUCGCAAUGCGCAUUGCGCCUCAUCUCCAGGCCCCACGGCUUCGACCAGAAGAGAUGGCCAUUGUGGAGACGUUUGUGAACGUGCUUCCCGAGAGGUGGUUUGAAAAUGGCCUCCCGCCGCCUUUGCGACCGCUUCGCGACGUUCUGGGACCCAGGGCCCCACCCAAUGCAGAAGCGACGAAAUCCACGGCGAUCAAACUACUCCGCCAGAUGCACUGCUACGACGAGGCCCAAGCCCUGGAGCUCUGA